AUGAGUCUCCUGGCAGACCUCCUGCCAGCAGCCACAUGGUGGCAUGUUGCCGUGGCCGUCACGGUUUACUACGUGAGCCGGACGAUAUACCGCCUCACAUUGCAUCCACUUGCCAAGUUCCCCGGUCCCAAGUUGGCUGCCAUCACCAGGCUGUACGAGGGCUACUACGACGUAAUUCAAGAAGGGCAGUACACCUUCAAGAUCGCAGAACUUCACAAGCAAUAUGGCCCCAUAAUCCGCAUCAGCCCCUACGAGCUUCACAUCAACGACUCGACCUACUACGAAAAACUGUACCGCAACGACGGCGGCCGGUGGGACAAGUACGACUGGGCGUACGCCGCGCACGGCCGGGGUCUGGACGUGGCCAUCAGCGCGCCGGACCACUUUCUGCACAAGGCGAUCCGGCAGCCAUUAUCGCCUUUUUUCUCAAAGGCCAACGUGGGCCGCAAGAUGGACAUUGUGCGCAAGCACCUGGACAAGCUGCAGGCUAUCAUGACCCGCAAGGCGAGCACCAAAGAAACGUUCGAUUUGGGCGCCGCCAUCAGUGCCUGGGCCAGGGACGUGUCGAACGAGUUCAUCAUGGGCAAGAGCUACGGUAACCUGGACAAGGAAGAUUUUGACAAAGACUUCACUACCAUGGUUACGGACGAGGGCCGCAUGUGGAGAUAUAACAAGCAUAUUCCCGUGCUGAGGGUCGCGUUUAGCUUGCCGUGGGAUUUCAUGCUGUGGCUGGCUGGGUGGUUGGGGGAUAAAGGGUUGAAGAAUGUUUUUACUCAUUUGAAGGUAACCCUCCACGACACCAAGCAAAUCAUCGACGCCCACCUUGCCAAUACCUCCUCAGAAAAACCUACCUCAACCUCUACCUCUAAAACCCCAGAAACAACCCAAACCCACACAAUCAUAAACGACAUCCUCUCCUCCCCCUCCCUCCCUUCCCACCUCAAAUCCCUCUCCCGAAUCCACCAAGACGUCUUCGUAAUAACCUCUGCGGGGUUCGAGACCACAGCCUCCACUUUACGCUUGAUAAUCUACAACCUCUUUUCUUCCCCUUCCAUUCUCUCCCGUUUACGCUCCGAGCUCUCGCAAUUCAACCUCUCGGACCCUUCGAGUUACGAAUACCGCGAUUUGGAACACCUCCCCUACCUGACGGCUAUUCUCAUGGAGGGACUCAGACUCAGUCCCGCGGCGGCGAGUCGGUUGCAGAGGGUGGCGCCUGAUCGGGAACUGGUUUAUCCUGGGCCUCAACAGGGGAAUCUGAACGACGACAAGGGAGAGAAAGAAUGGACGAUCCCCCGCGGAACACCAGUGGGUAUGACGCAGAUCUUGAUGCAUUGGGAUGAGAGCGUUUACGGGAAGGAUGCGAGGGAGUUUAAUCCGGAGAGGUGGAUGGAUGAGGAGUUUAAGCGCAGGAUUGCGGGCGGGGAGAGGAUGUGGGCGCCUUUUAGCAGGGGUCUCGCUUGGGCAGAGUUAUACCUCUGCAUCGCGACCCUCGCACAACAUUUUGAUCUCGAAUUCCCAGGUCAUAGUGCUGAGGACUUUGAGGCUGCUAUUGAUGCGUUUGUCAUCUUGACCAAGAGUAGGGGUGAGCUGAGGACUGUCGCCAAGGUUCGCGAUUGA